UCCUCCCUCCCCCCGUCCCUCUGAGCUCAGCCUCGGCUCUCCCUCACACCGCUGCUCGCCUCUCGUCGCCGCGUACACAUGGCUGCUCACCGGGUGAUCGUCUACGGAGGAAGGGGAGCUCUGGGCUCGAAGUGUGUCCAGCACUUUAAAUCCAAAGGAUGGUGGGUCGCGUGCAUCGACAUGGCCGCGAACGAGGAGGCGAACGAGAACGUGAUCGUGAAGUCGAGCGGAGAUUUCAGCGAGCAGGCCGGACAGGUGACGGCAGAUGUGGCCAAGUUGCUAGGGGAACAGAAAGUGGAUGCCAUCUUGUGCGUGGCGGGAGGAUGGGCGGGAGGAAGCUGUAGUUCCAAAGAUUUAUACAAAAAUGCAGAUCUGAUGUGGAAACAGAGUGUGUGGACGUCCACUAUCUCCAGCCACCUCGCCACCCUGCACCUGAAACCAGGCGGACUGUUGACUUUGUCCGGGGCCAAAGCUGCCCUGUCGGGCACCGGAGGCAUGGCCGGCUACGGCAUGGCCAAAGCCGCCGUCCACCAGCUGUGUCAGAGUCUGGCAGAAAAGAACAGCGGGAUGCCGCCGGGAGCCGCCGCCGUGGCCAUACUGCCGGUUACCUUGGAUACCCCGAUGAACAGGAAGUUCAUGCCCGACGCAGACUUCGGUUCCUGGACUCCGCUGCAGUACGUCGCAGAAAUGUUCUUCAACUGGACCUCAGGAAUGAACCGGCCGGCUUCAGGAAGCUUAAUGCAGCUGAUGACCUCCGGAGGGGAAACCCAGGCUGUGGCAGCGCAGUAGAGGACGGGGAGCAGCUGGUGGGGGGGGGGGAGAUAACACGGGAUGGAGAAGCUGGCAGAGUAAGGAGGAUAUGAGGGAGAGGGGUUCAGGGGGAGUAGGAAGAAGAGCGAUGGUAACGGAGGGAGGGGAUGAAAUAAGGAGGUAGAAAGGAGCUUUCAUUUAGGGAGGGGGAGGGGCUUCAGUUGCGAAUGAAGCCUCAGAGCUCCAUCAAGCUGCGAGUCCUGUCCCGUGCUUUGUAUCCAGUGAUGUGAUUUUUUCACUCUGAGUGUGAGGACUCGUUCAAGGUGUUCAAAGGUUCAUGUAGGGUCCAGCGAGUGACGCCUCCACGAGCCGUGAGAGAAAACGGGACAUCGGCAACAUCACACCUACGUCGGCUUCUGUCAUUUCCUUUACCUGCUCAUUACCUGUUUGUGAGAUCGCCCCCCCCCCCAACCCCCAAUGAGAUCUGUAGACUGUGUUUUUCUUUUUUUUAAGUCCUUCCUCCACUGCGGGGAACCUCAAAGUCAAUGAAAGCCGCCUCUGGGGGGGGGAGGCGAAGUGGCCUUAUUGUCUGUCGGCGCUGCUCCGUUCCUCACGUGGCUUUUCUAAGUCCUGUAUUGUAACUUUGUGAAAUUCCCAAUAAAAUCUGUCAACAACAAAAAAACGGGCAGUUGAAGAAAAUAAAACAAUAAAACCUCA